GUACCGGGCUGCAGGUCGCGACGAGCAGUGGAGCUUGGAACUCCUAACUGUGCUGAAUUUUACAAUAAAAUUUUGUAAGUUUUAGAAAGAAUCAAAAUCACCCCACAAAGCAGACAGUUGUGCAGGUCCAAUUUCUGCUUCUGAUUGGCAACCUGAAGACAUUUUGAACGUCACUGGUCUUCAACAAGGAGAACUCGUCGGUCAUCAUUUGACAUCUUCAAGAAGAAAAGAAUGGAACCAUCAGACCUUCCUGACUUUUCUCUUCCGGAUAUAAUCUUACCGGAAAGCUCCCCUCCUGAGCCAGAUAUAAGCACAACGUCUGACCUGAUGCCAUCGUUGGCAGACUUCACCCUACCUGAACCAAGGAGCAUUCCACAGGUGUUGGAUGGUGCUGGAGUGUCAUGCCAGCAGGAUGCUGUCCAGUCAGGUCCUGAAGCUGGCAAGCUGGAGGGCCCAGAGAAAAAUGCCCAGACGCUGGGGGAGUUCAAGAUGUGCAAAAUCUGCCACAUCUACUUGAACUCCAAGACCCAGGCCGACAUGCACUAUGCCGGAAAAGUACACCAGAAGAAACUGCGACAGCAGGCAUUGGCCGAGUCAUUAGCGAUAAUCGCACCUGAUAUCGUGCCACCGGUCACCCCGCCGAACAGCUCCUCGCCGUCCGCCCCCGCCAAGGAGAAGUCCAUCCCACUCCUGCCUCACUGCAGUGUCUGCGGUCUGACCUUCACCGGCCUGGGCGAGGUGCAGACACACCUGACCGGCGCCAGGCACGCCAGGAAGCUGCGGGAGCUUGCCGAGAAGGAGAAGCUGGAGCAGGCCCAAAAAGAGAAACCUGUGAACCCUUCCUCAGUACCCGACUGUUUCUAUUGCAAGCACUGUGACGUCGUGUGCACCUCCCAAACCCAGCUGGAUCAACAUUUCUCAGGGAGCAAGCACAAGUAUGUGAUGGAGGCCGCCAAGAAUGCGGCCAGCUGCCGUCUGACAACCCCACCGACAACUGCGACGGAGGCCGAGAUGCCGGCCAGCACGGUGUAUGCGUGUCCCCCCUGCAACGUCACAGCCAACUCUGAACAGCAGUAUCUCCAGCACUGUGCAAGUGUCAAACACAAAAAUAAACUGCAGAAUCGGCCAGGCAAGGGCAAGUUUCGUGAUCAGCCGUACCCCAAACGACAAGGAGCACAGGGGAAAGCAAACAGUCCAAGCAACACCGCCAAUCGGUCGUCGUUGGGCAGGGGAAACUGGACAAAAAGCAGCAGCGACUCAUUCAAUCCCAAGAGUUCCUUCAAUGCCUGCCGUGGCAAUGGCAGUGCAGGCCCCAGCAGGGGGAGGGGGCGGGGUACAGGAAUGCCCGCAAAGAGUCAACUGAACAGUUUGUUGAGCAAUUUCGGGGGCGGUUACUCCAGAAGUGCCACAGGCGACAGCUGGAGCGUCGGCAACAGAAGUGCCGUGGGCGACAGCUGGGGCACCGGCAACAGAAGUGCCAUGGACAACAGCUGGGGCUUUAGCAACAGAAGGGCCAUGGGCAACAGCUGGGGCACUGGCAACAGAAGUACAGUGGGCGACAGCUGGGGCACCGACAAUAAUAUCGCUGCGAACGUUUCUUCACGAGGGGGCGGGAGGGGAAGGGGCUGGCAACAACAGCCAAAACAGUGGGGUGGGACCCAGAGCAUGCCAGGCCGGUCCGGCAUCCCAGGGCUUGAAGAUAACUUUGUCAGGCAGAGCUUCAAGGAACAAGAUAACUACUGAGAGAUCAACCCCAUACCUGGAGAACACAGUAACAUCCAGGCAGCCUGUAUGGGACAGAUUACAGGCCAGUAUCUAUGGCCCAGGCUAUCACCAAAUCGAGAGGAUUAUUUCUUGUGUCAGGAAAGUCGAGACGCAAUCAUCGAGACAAACAUUGUCCAUGUAACGUCUUUGGUCCCCACAACCUCUGUGCUUGAUAUGUGUUUCAGACCCCACAACUAAGAAACAACUAUUUAUGUAUUCUCGGGUUACUAACCAACGUAUCUGUGCAUGGCAAAUCGAUGUGCUUUGACAUGCAUUUGUGUGUCAGGGAUACAUCUCGGAUGACAUCCCAAGGUUCCAACACGCUAUAUACACACCCGGAUUUCUUUGUAUGCAUGUGGUGUACACUAUACAUAGGUAUAAUUUUCAGUUGUAUGUAAAUCGAAAGGGUCUUUGCAUGGAUGCAAACUGCUGAGCAGUGCAGCCAUUGGAGUGUCCAUCUGGCCUCGUUAUCAGUUUCUGCAUAUGACUAGUGGCCACUUCAAAACUGAAUAAAAAGAAGAAAACUAGCCGUUAACUUUUUUUGAUUUUGAAAUAAUACUGGUAAUCAGCACCGACCAAACAGUUGCCAGCUUGUUGGCACUGAUAAAAGACUUCUGGACGAGUGGGUUAUUCAUAGUCCAUGUCCCCCCACAAGCCGGACUACCAGUUUGCCCUGGUGGGAUCAUUGGAUCGGCCCACUCAAGUCUGCUGAGACAAGUCACUGGCCAGCAAGUCUUUGCAAGAAGAAUGCAGGCUACAAAAUAUCUGUGAGAGCAAGUCGGGAAGCAUAAUGCUCAUUCACGCUCUACAUGAUUCUUGUGGAGGACUGCAGUCACAUCAUCAAGGCCAGUUCAGACUUGGCGCAAAAGCGACCACAAACACGAAUUUGCGACGUCAGAUCCAAAUACUCGCGCUGCGAAUUUGCAAACGUUGAACACAUUUUAACUUGAGCGAAAUGUCGCUGCAAAUUUUUCAUGACGUCAAAUAUUUUCUCCGCUUUCGCAUUGGACUGCAGUAUGAACCAGCCUUGUAUACUCUAUGGAAGGAAUAUUUGCUGCUGCUGUAGAGCACAGUUUACUUGUAAGUUAAACCUUUUCUGUGUGCUCUGUAGAGAAAUCAGAUGCUCUGCUUUGUGCGUCUUGCACAAAGCAAUUAAAAGCAAUUACUCCCGUCAAAGUUGUAUUAUAGUUUGUAUAGCGUUGAGAAGUAUUAGAGAGAAAAUGUACAUACUGUUUCUGGCUGCAGCCUUUGAUGUUGAUCCAAUGGAGAGGCCUCCCUCUGAGUGUUUUUAUGAAUGGGAAAAUUUUACCUUGGCCAGUGAUACAAAGAACUGGUGUAAUGAUCUGUGCGUCCAGUUCUUCGUAAGAUUUCUGCUCUUGCCAGGGGAAGCUGAAACGCCAACGGAAGGUCAGGAAUUUUAUCUUGUAUUUGGUUUUUACCUGACCUUUCCUUCCAAGUUCCAGCAGUGUCACGUUUCUAAGUUGAAGGUAUUAUACUUUGGUUGAAUAUUCUUUAUUAUUCAAGGAUUGAAAACAGAAACAAGUUUCAUUUUUAUGCACCUGUAUACAAUUCGUGCAGUCACUAAUGCACAGUUUACUUGAAAAAAAAAGACUUACAAUAAUGGAUGACUUGUUCAUUUGGACCACUUACACGGAAGAAGCUUGAUUAAAACACAUUCGUCCGCAGUUGUUGCAUAUGAAA